AUGGCGCAUCUCUGCUUCUCACAUCUUUGUAUGGUUAAUGGUAUCUCUACGGACAAUUUCAAGCCAUCCAAAGGGAUUAAACAAGGUGAUUCUCCGUCACUGUCUCUGUUUUUAUUAAUGGUGGUGCUUUCUAAAUUGAUUGUGGAUGCUACAUCUAGGGGCCAACUGCAUGAUUUUCAAGUUGUGGAAAAUGAAAUUGAAAAUUUUCAUCUGCAAUUUGUGGAUGAUAUUCUGAUUUUUGUGGAUGCAAAUGUAGAGGAUGUUAAGAAACUGCUUUUAAUUCUUAUGACUUUUGAGCUGUUAACUGGGAUGAAACUGAAUUUGGAGAAAAACUCAAUGAUAAGCGUGGGAGCAGAUGAUGUUGUUAGAGGGAUGGCUAUGGAGUUGGGCUGCAAGGUGGAAAAACUACCAAUUAAGUACUUGAGUUUACCCUUGGGUGCUUCUUACAGAAAUAUUUCAGUCUGGAAUGAAGUGAUUCAAAGAAUGGAAGUAAAACUUUCAAAUUGGAGAAAAAAAAAUUAA